CACAUUGCAGGUCGGACAAUGCGGGAAUCAGAUCGGCAUGGAGUUCUGGAAACAACUCUGCCUCGAGCAUGGAAUCAGCAAAGAAGGAAUUCUCGAGGACUUUGCCACUCAGUACAAAGGUAGACUAAGAAUUGGUGGUCUUCUGUUGUUUUGCACAACUGGCUAAAUUUAUCAAACGUGCCAACAAGAAAAGCAAUAAGGAGCAGUGCAUUUUUUAUCUGAAUUGUGGCUGUAAGGGUCAUCAGGCAGCAGGCAACAUAGCAAGCUCAUCAAGUGCUGAUCCGGAAAUACAUAUUGAAAAUAGGUAUUCUUCAGUCCCGCUCUUGAUAUAGAUGUGUAAUUAUCUUUUGAUUGAAAUACUGCAGGGUGGAGAUCGGAAAGAUGUGUUUUUCUAUCAAGCUGAUGAUCAGCACUACAUACCGCGAGCUUUGCUGAUUGACCUGGAGCCAAGAGUAAUUAAUGGUAUUCAAAACAGUGAAUAUCGAAAUCUCUACAAUCAUGAAAACAUCUUUGUUUCAGAUCAUGGAGGUGGCGCAGGAAAUAAUUGGGCCAGUGGAUAUGAUCAGGGAAAGGGUGUUGAAGAGGCUAUAAUGGACAUGAUUGAUAGAGAAGCUGAUGGGAGUGAUAGUCUUGAAGGAUUUGUUCUGUGCCAUUCAAUUGCUGGAGGAACAGGCUCAGGCAUGGGUUCCUAUCUAUUGGAGACUUUGAAUGAUCGAUACAGCAAAAAACUGGUUCAGACAUACAGUGUAUUUCCUAACCAGAUGGAAACAAGUGAUGUGGUGGUCCAGCCCUAUAACUCACUUUUGACGCUUAAACGUCUAACGCUUAAUGCUGAUUGUGUUGUGGUCCUUGAUAACACUGCAUUGAAUAGAAUUGCUGUUGAGCGCCUUCAUUUAACAAAUCCAACCUUUGCUCAAACAAAUUCUUUGGUUUCUACUGUAAUGUCUGCCAGCACAACCACUCUGAGAUAUCCAGGAUACAUGAACAAUGACUUGGUUGGUCUUCUUGCAUCUUUAAUUCCAACACCAAGAUGCCAUUUUCUAAUGACAGGGUAUACACCUCUCACAGUUGAGCGCCAGGCUAAUGUAAUACGGAAAACCACUGUACUUGAUGUUAUGAGAAGACUUCUGCAGACAAAAAAUAUAAUGGUUUCCUCAUAUGCUCGAACAAAGGAAGCUAGUCAAGCGAAGUACAUAUCAAUAUUAAACAUCAUUCAAGGAGAAGUUGACCCUACUCAGGUUCAUGAAAGUUUGCAGAGGAUACGUGAAAGAAAGCUUGUUAACUUUAUUGAAUGGGGCCCUGCAAGCAUUCAGGUUGCUUUGUCUAGAAAGUCUCCAUAUGUGCAAACGGCCCAUAGGGUCAGUGGUCUUAUGCUGGCAAGCCAUACAAGUAUUCGUCACCUUUUCAGUAAGUGUUUGAGCCAGUAUUUGAUGCUAAGAAAGAAGCAAGCCUUUCUUGACAACUAUCGGAAGUUCCCAAUGUUUGCAGAGAAUGACCUUUCAGAAUUUGACGAAUCAAGAGAGAUACUUCAGAGUUUGGUUGAGGAAUAUAAGGCCUGUGAGUCCCCAGAUUACAUCAAAUGGGGAAUGGAGGAUCCAGACCAAAUUCUUACAGGAGAAGGCAAUGCAGCAGGAACAGUGGAUCCAAAAUUGGCAGUAUGAGCAAAUCAGGAUUAGAAGACUGUUGCAGGAUAAGUCUUGGCACCAGGAAGUACAUUGGAUGGAGCAUUGUAAAUAUGAAUUAAAUGUUGCGUUUGAGUUCUUCCCGAGUGAAGAAGUGGUUUGUAAUGUAAAUUUUUUGUGGGUUAUUUGAUUUAGUUAAUUAUUAGUCUGUUGAAGCAAUUAUUAUUU